AGAAAAAUGAUCAAAUAAUGUCAACUAACUGAAUUAGAUUUGAUUGGUUUCAAAGAUUUACGAGGUGUUGGAAUUUAUCUGAUUGAUUGUUGGUAUGUGAUUUCAGUGUUAGUUUUUUUUUUGUUGAUUUUAUUUUUGUUUAAUUGUUACCUUUUGUAUUGUGAUUGUGAUAUUAAUUCAAUUUGGAUUAACUGGAAAUUAUUAAAGUGAUUAAUCAAGAUGCCUGAUAAAAUUGAAAUCCCUUUAAGGGAUAGUAUUGAUGAAGUCAUUGAAUUGAAUAUUGAAUGUUUACCUGAUGGUUUGGAAGUAUUGGAAAUCUUGAGGCAAGAACAGCCUAUUCUCAAUGUUUGGAUCUCAUUGGCGGUUGAAUAUUAUAAGCAGGGUAAACAUGAAGACUUUGUUCACAUCUUGGAUGUUUGCGUUGAAAAGAUUUUGGUUUUUCUGGAACAAAAGAAUCAAAAUGUUCCCAGAGAACAUUGUCUUGAUUAUCCUGAAUACGAGAAAGAUAUGAUGAGAGCUUUGGAUACAUUGGCUGCUUAUUAUAUUAAACUUGGUAAUAGAGAAAAGAAUCGUGACAAGAAGAAGGAAUUUUUUGGUAAAGCUCAUCGUUUAUUUACCAUUGGUGAUAAAAUAAUUAUGUAUGAUCAAAAUCAUUUACUUGGUAAAACGUAUCUAUGUUUUCUUGAGGGUGAUAAAAUGGAUCAAGCUGAUGCACAAUUUAAUUUUGUUAUGGGCCAAACUCAGAAUAAUAUGGCCGCAUUACUUGGUAAAGCUUGUAUUGCAUUUAAUAAGAAAAAUUAUGUUCAUGCAUUAACCCAAUACAAACGAGCUCUUCGAAGUAAUCCAAAUUGUCCAGCUGAUGUUCGUCUUGGACUUGGUCAUUGUUUCUACAAACUUGGUAAACCUGAGAAGGCUCGAUUAGCAUUUGAAAGAGCUCUACAACUUGACCCUCAAUGUGUAGGUGCUUUGGUUGGACUUUCACUUUUGGAAUUGAAUAAAAAGACACCUGAAGCUAUUCGUAAAGGAGUACAAAUGCUUUCAAAAGCUUACACCAUUGAUCCAUCUGAUCCUAUGGUACUUAAUCAUCUUGCUGACCACUUUUUCUUCAAAAAGGAUUACAGUAAAGUUCAACAUCUUGCUUUACAUGCUUUUCAUAAUACCGAGAAUGAGGCAAUGAGAGCCGAAAGUUGUUACCAACUUGCUCGUGCUUUUCACAUUCAAGGAGACUACGAUCAAGCUUUCCAGUAUUACUAUCAAGCUACUCAAUUUGCUUCACCUCAGUUUGUGCUACCACAAUUUGGAUUGGGUCAAAUGUAUAUCCAUCGUAAAGACACCGAAAAUGCUUCUCAGUGUUUUGAGAAAGUUCUUAAAGCUCAUCCCGACAAUUAUGAAACUAUGAAAAUUCUUGGUUCACUUUAUGCCCAAUCAUCAACCCAAAGUAAAAGAGACCAGGCCAAAACCUUUCUGAAAAAAGUUACUGACCAAUGUCCUGAUGAUGUUGAAGCUUGGAUUGAAUUAGCUCAAAUUUUAGAGCAAUCUGAUCUUCAAGGUGCUCUAUCCGCUUAUGGAACUGCAAUUAAAAUACUGAAAGAAAAAGUUCAAGUUGAUAUACCAUCUGAGAUCUACAAUAAUAUCGCUGCUUUACACUUUAGGCUUGGACAUUUGGAUGAAGCAAUGAAAAACUACGAAUCAGCUUUAGAUCGAUGUAAACAGGAAGAAUCAAACGAUGAACAUUAUUAUGGUUGUAUUUCUGUUUCCAUCAACUAUAAUUUGGCUCGACUAUACGAGGCGAUGCACUUUUAUGAUAAAGCCGAAAAAAUUUACAAAGAUAUUCUUCGAGAACAUCCUAAUUAUAUUGAUUGCUAUCUGCGAUUAGGAUGUAUGGCCAGAGAUCGUGGUCAAAUUUAUGAUGCCUCUGAUUGGUUCAAAGAAGCACUUCAAGUUGAUCAAGAUAAUCCCGAAGCUUGGUCACAUAUUGGUAUUUUACAUUUUGCUAAACAAGAAUGGGGACCUGGUCAGAAGAAGUUUGAACGUAUUUUAAAGAAAGAAUCUACGGCUCAAGAUACUUAUUCUCACUUGGCCUUAGCAAAUGUUUGGCUACAAACUCUUCACCAACCAAACAAGGAUAGAGAAAAAGUGAAAAGACAUCAACAAAGAGCAUUAUCUCAUUAUAAGCAAAUACUUCACAUGGAUAAUAAUAACAUUUACGCUGCAAAUGGUAUUGGUGCUGUUCUCGCCCAUAAGGGUUAUAUCUCUGAAGCUCGAGAUGUUUUCGCUCAAGUUCGUGAGGCUACAGCUGAAUUUCCUGAUGUAUGGGUGAAUAUUGCUCAUAUUUACGUUGAACAGAAACAAUAUGUUGCUGCUAUUCAAAUGUACGAAAAUUGUUUGAAAAAAUUUUACAAACACGAUAACACCGAGAUUCUACAAUAUUUAGCUCGAGCUUAUUGUAAAUGUGGAAAAUUAAGAGAAUGUAAAAAUGUACUUCUCAAGUGUCGCCGAGUAGCACCUCAAGAUACUGUUAUUCUUUAUAAUCUUGCUUUGAUUCUUCAAAAGUUAGCUACUCAAGUUCUGGAGGAUAGUAAAAGUAAUGUACAAACAGUCCUUAAAGCUGUCCACGAACUUGGACUUUCUCACAAAUAUUUCCAAUAUCUGUCAGUCAGUGGUGAUAAGAUGAAGUUCGAUCUGAAUGCUGCUCUAAUGGAAGCGAAACAUUGUCAAGAUCUUUUGAGUCAAGCACAAUAUCAUGUUGCUCGUGCUCGUCGUCUUGACGAAGAAGAAAGGGAAAUCAGGAGAAAACAAGAGCUAGAACGUGAAGCUUUACGACAGAAAGUAGAAGAGGAACAGAAACGGGUAGAAGAAGAAAGAAUCAAAACAGAAAAAGAAUUGAUUCAGAAACGGCAACAGUUCGUUGAACAGACCAAGAACAAACUACAAUUUCAAGAACUUCCCGAUGAGAAACCUUCCAAGAAAGGAAAAUCGAGAAAAGCCGGUGCUGAUGAUGACUUUGUUGAUGAUGGUGAUGGUUCUGGUGACGAAAAUGCUCGUCCUCGCAAGAAGGCUAAGGUUGGAUCCGGUGAUGAAGGAGAGAGGAAAAGAAGUAAAAAGAAAAGACGAUCUAGAGUUGAAAGAGGAUCAGGUGAUGAUUCUGAUGGUGGAGCUGUGGAAAGAAGUGAAGAGAGGAAACGUCGUCGUAGUAAACACAAAGAAAAACAUUCGUCGAAGAAAAAAUCCUCUGAACCUGUUAAGAAACAACCUAAAAUUGAUGUUAAAUCAAAAGGACGAGUCGUGUCACGAGAAUUUGUUUCCGACUCAUCUGGUUCCAGUUCAGAUGAUGAACAACGAGAACAAGCCUUGGUUAUUGCUCAAGAUUCUGAUGUAGAAGCUAGUCCAAAACGAUCAUCUGGUGAAGGUUCUGCCUCAGAUUCAGGAUCAGACUCAGGCUCAGAAUCUGGUUCAAGGUCGGGCUCUGGUUCAGGGUCAGAUUCAGAUGGCGCUUCAAAGAAAAAGAAGUCUAAAAAGGUGAAAGAAAGCAAAAAGAUGAAGAAAAGAUCGAAAGUUAUGGAUUCAGAUGAAAACUCCGAUGAUGGUGCUAGUCCCAAGGAAAAGAAAGACAAGAAAGAUAAAAAGGAUAAAAAAUUCGCUCUCAAAAAAUUCGUUGACUCCCAGUCAGAUGCUGAUGGUAGUGAUAAUCAGGAAGAUAAAGAUAAGGACGAAAGUGAUGUAAAUCGAAGUGACAAUGCCAGUGAUGAUAAUCAAAGUGACGCUGAAAAAGCGACAAGAGCGAUAAAAGUGACAGAAGUGCUAAAAGUGUUGCCAGUGACAAAAGUGAUAGUGAAAAAAGUGACCAAGAUGACCGGGAAGAUCAAGAAGCUGAAAAAGAUAGUGACCAAGAGCAGCAAGAAGCUGGAGAGAAAGAAAAUCAAGAAAACAGUGACAGAGAUCAAGAUGGAGACAGUGAAAAAGGAGAUGCUGAUGAAGAAGAGCAACAAAAAAGUGAUGUAUCUGAUUCUGAAUCUGAAGCAGGAUCGCCAAUUGCAAAGAAAGAAAAUGCAUCUGAUUCUGAGGUUGAACGAAGUCCAGCCCAAUCUGGUAAAAGUAGUCAAGAAGAUGAAGAAAGUCAACAAAGUGCACAGAGCAGUGACGAAUAAUCUUGACCAUAAACAUCACAGGAAGUAAAAUACCAUAUUGAUUCAUAAAUUACCAACAUUAAUCAUUCGAAAAAUUUAAUUGUAAAUAAUCUUUAUUUUCAUCAAUGCCAAAAAAAAACUUUUUGAUCAUAUAAACAUUGAAAACUAGGUAACAAUUGUGUUUGAUUCGUUGUAAUUAAAUGCACAUUAACAACAGUUUUUGUCCAAAAAAAAAUACAAUUUCUUAACUUAUGUCCACUUAUUAAGCCGCUUUCCGUUUAACGGUUGGAAUAAAUUUAACAAAUGAACACAUAAUCAAAA